AUUACAUUGUUACCGAUUAAUAUCUAAUUUUGAAAUAUCAUUUGUAAAAUAAAGAUUAAUUAAUAUGGGUUUUUAUCAGAGAAUGAAUCAUUCUGUAUGCUAUUUUCUUAUUCUUAGUUUAUAUAUAACUUAUCAUUAUUGUUAUACAAUUGAAAUGAAUCCAUAUGGAAAUUUUAUGUAUCCUUCAUUAUCAACCUCAUCAUCGUCUGUCUCAUCAUCAUCAUCAUCCGCAGCAGCAGAAGCAGAAGCAGAAUCGCCAAAACUGUUAGUAUCUUUAUCAAAAUCACUGCCUACAUCUCAAUCAUCAAUUGAUAAAUAUCUUACAUUAAAUAAUGAAUUUAAUAAAGAUCAAUUCAAUCCAUAUUCUAAUUAUCGUUCUAAUUAUUAUUAUGAUUAUUAUUAUAAUCGUCAUCAUUACCAUCAUCAUCCACGAAUGUCUAAACGUGCUGAUUUAAAAGAUUUAUCAAUUCAUAGUGAUAUGGCAUUUAUACGUAAAUUAUUCGAUCAAAAGAAUCACGAAUUAUUAAGACUUGGAUAAGUUUUCAAAAAAAAACAUAAAAAUUUUAAUAAUUAUUAUUACUAUUAUUGACUUGAUUCUUGUUUUACUGAACUAACAAUUAAAAGAUCUAUAAUUCUGUAAUAUUAUGAUUAAUGAUGUAUUUAUUAGAAAUUUUAACCAAUA